AUGACCAAGGGCAAAGUAGCGGCGCGUGCCGCUCCCAAACCCGCGUCCAAGGGUGCUACUGCAUCGACGAAGCCGAAGAGUGCCGAGAAUGAAUUGGUGGAUGCGUACUUGCGGACCACGCCUGCCCGCUUCAAGCUCAUUGAUGGCUUCCUCCUCAUGCUGUUCUUGACGGGUGUCUUGCAGUUCGUGUAUUGUGUGCUGUUGUCGGACUAUCCCUUCAACUCCUUCAUCUCAGGGUACGUCAUGGGAGCUCAUAGCAGCUUUGCCGCAACUGUUGGACAAUUUGUGCUUGCGUUGGCGCUUCGCAUGCAGCUGGCCGCCGUCGUCGACGGCCAGCCUCGCGUGUCUGAGAAACGGGCUUUCUCUGAAUUUGUGUUAGCGUCCAUUGUACUCCAUUUCUUUGUGGUCAACUUCCUUGGCUAA